AUGGAGAACAAACCCAUUGAAUUGGCCCCUGGCAAACAUGCUGUCACUGUCACUACUCAGCAAGCCCAUGACUCGUCUUACCGGGGAUACAAAGCCAAACCGCGUCUAGAGCGCUAUCUUGGCUUUCUGCCCAUGCUGGCGUUUGCUGCGACGUUACAGGCGUCUUGGGAAUCACUAUGCUCGAGUCUCUCAUCCGGGUUGCUCAAUGGUGGCCCUGUAGCCAUCAUUUACGGCAUGUUCCUGUGUUUUGGAGGCUCCUUGUGUCUGACUCUUUCUAUGGCUGAGAUGGCAUCCAUAAAUCCUGUUGCCGGAGCGCAGUACCACUGGACAUACGAGUUUGCUCCCUUCGGCAACCGCUUUUUGAGCUUCAUUCAAGGCUGGAUCACCGUCAUUGCGUGGUGGGCAAACGUGGCGGUAGGCCCGUAUCUUGUCGGCACCCAGAUUCAGGGCCUCCUCGUCCAGAACUAUCCCGACUAUGUGGCCAAAAACUACCAGGGCACGCUACUCAUCUUCGCCAUUCUCUUCAUUCCCAUGUUGAUCAACAUCUUUGCCCGCCAGCUGCUGGCCCCCGUCGAGGUCAUCUCCGGUCUCAUCCACAUCCUCGCCUAUCCGGCCAUUCUGGUAACCAUGAUCGUCCUGGGUUCUCGCCACACCGACAAAUGGGUCUGGACGCAGUUCGUCAACGACCAGAGCGGCUGGCAUAAUGACGGAGUCAUCUGGUCUGUUGGACUGUUGACUGCCGCCUUCAGUCUGAGCAGCUUCGACGGUGUCAUCCACAUGUCCGAAGAAGUCAAGGAUGCCCCCCGUGCUGUUCCCCGGUCGAUGGUCUGGGGCUUGACGAUCAACGCAACGAUGGCUACGGGCUUCGCCAUCGCAUUGCUGUACACGAUGGGCGACUUUGACGCCGCCCUCGACUCCCCCACCGGCUAUCCCAUCAUCGAGAUCUUCUACGCCCAAACCGGGUCCAAGGCUGCUGCCAGCGCCAUGAUGCUGCCCAUUCUCCUGGCGGGCUGCUACUCCUCCUUCAACGUCCUGGCCUCCGUCAGCCGUUUGACUUGGGCCUUUGCCCGAGACGGCGGCUUUCCCUUCUCCGAAUUCUUCGCCUAUGUGUCCCCGCGCUACAAGAUCCCCCUGCGCUCCCUGUUCCUCGUCACCACCAUCACCGUCCUCAUCGCCCUCAUCAAUCUCGGCUCCUCGGCCGCCUUCAACGCCGUGCUCUCCCUCGACACCCUCGCUUUGUACGCCUCCUACCUUGUGCCCGUCAUCUUCGUCCUCAUCAAGCGCGUGCGCCAGCCGGAAUCCAUCCGCUGGGGACCCUGGCGCCUGGGUCGGUGGGGGAUCCCCGUGAACGUCAUCGCCAUCGUGUACGGGACGUAUAUCACCAUCUUCCUCCCCUUUCCUGAGACGCAGCCCGUCACGGCGACCACCAUGAACUACGGGGCGCCCGUGUUUGGUAUCGCCAUGUUGUUCGGUCUCCUUGAUUGGUUUGUGCGGGGGAGGAAAGUCUGGAAUGGACCGACCGUCAGUGCGGAGGAUAUCGCGGAGAAUAUCGCGGAGAAUAUCCCUUAG